AUGAGGCGGCGACUGUGAGGCCGAGCCGGGAGCGGGCGUCGCGCCGAGGCCCGGGCGGGCGGGGAGCAACGGCCGCGGACGCCGCGGGGCCGCGUCGUUAAGGGCCGGGGGCAGGCGGGGAGCGCGGGGCGCUCGGGCCGGGGCCGCCGGCGCCAUGGGUAACCGCGGGAUGGAAGAGCUGAUCCCGCUGGUCAACAAGCUGCAGGACGCUUUCAGCUCCAUCGGCCAGAGCUGCCACCUGGACCUGCCUCAGAUCGCCGUGGUGGGCGGCCAGAGCGCCGGCAAGAGCUCCGUGCUCGAGAACUUCGUAGGCCGGGACUUCCUUCCCCGAGGUUCAGGAAUCGUCACCCGGCGGCCUCUCAUUCUGCAGCUCAUCUUCUCAAAAACAGAAUAUGCCGAGUUUUUGCACUGUAAGUCCAAAAAGUUUACAGACUUUGAUGAAGUCCGACAGGAGAUCGAAGCGGAGACCGACAGGGUCACGGGGACCAACAAAGGCAUCUCCCCAGUGCCCAUCAACCUGCGGGUCUACUCGCCACACGUGUUGAACCUGACCCUCAUCGACCUCCCGGGUAUCACCAAGGUGCCCGUGGGGGACCAGCCCCCAGAUAUCGAGUACCAGAUCAAGGACAUGAUCCUGCAGUUCAUCAGCCGGGAGAGCAGUCUCAUCCUCGCCGUCACCCCUGCCAACAUGGACCUGGCCAACUCAGAUGCCCUCAAGCUGGCCAAGGAGGUCGACCCCCAAGGCCUGCGGACCAUUGGCGUCAUCACCAAGCUUGACCUGAUGGAUGAAGGCACUGACGCCAGGGACGUCUUGGAAAACAAGUUGCUCCCCUUGAGAAGAGGCUACAUCGGUGUGGUGAACCGCAGCCAGAAGGACAUUGAGGGCAAGAAGGACAUCCGCACGGCACUGGCGGCCGAGAGGAAGUUCUUCCUCUCCCACCCAGCCUACCGGCACAUGGCUGACCGCAUGGGCACCCCACACCUGCAGAAGACCCUGAACCAGCAACUGACCAACCACAUCCGGGAGUCCCUGCCAGCCCUGCGGAGCAAGCUGCAGAGCCAGCUGCUGUCCCUGGAGAAGGAGGUGGAGGAGUACAAGAACUUCCGGCCCGAUGACCCCACUCGCAAAACCAAAGCCUUGCUGCAGAUGGUCCAGCAGUUUGGGGUGGACUUCGAAAAGAGGAUCGAAGGCUCUGGAGACCAAGUGGACACGCUAGAACUCUCCGGGGGUGCCCGAAUCAAUCGCAUCUUCCACGAGCGGUUUCCCUUUGAGCUGGUGAAGAUGGAGUUCGACGAGAAGGAUUUACGGCGCGAGAUCAGCUACGCCAUUAAGAACAUCCACGGAGUCAGGACGGGGCUCUUCACCCCCGACAUGGCCUUUGAAGCCAUUGUGAAAAAACAGAUUGUAAAACUCAAAGAGCCGAGUUUGAAGUGUGUUGAUCUCGUGGUCUCAGAACUGGCCACGGUCAUUAAAAAGUGUGCCGAGAAGCUCAGCUCCUACCCCCGCUUGCGAGAAGAGACGGAGCGAAUCGUCACCACGUACAUCCGGGAACGGGAGGGGAGAACCAAGGACCAGAUUCUUCUUCUGAUCGACAUCGAGCAGUCCUACAUCAACACGAACCACGAGGACUUUAUCGGAUUUGCCAACUGUUAUUAUACUGAGCAGCUGGUGACCGGCGCCCAGCAGAGGAGUACACAGCUGAACAAGAAGAGAGCCAUCCCCAACCAGGGGGAGAUCUUGGUGAUCCGCAGGGGCUGGUUGACCAUCAACAACAUCAGUCUGAUGAAGGGCGGCUCCAAGGAGUACUGGUUUGUGCUGACUGCCGAGUCUCUGUCCUGGUACAAGGAUGAGGAGGAGAAGGAGAAGAAGUACAUGCUGCCUCUGGACAACCUGAAAAUCCGCGACGUGGAGAAAGGCUUCAUGUCCAACAAGCACGUCUUCGCCAUCUUCAACACGGAGCAGAGGAACGUCUACAAGGACCUGCGGCAGAUCGAGCUGGCCUGUGACUCCCAGGAGGACGUGGACAGCUGGAAGGCCUCGUUCCUCCGAGCUGGGGUCUACCCCGAGAAGGACCAGGCAGAGAAUGAGGACGGGGUCCAGGAGAACACCUUCUCCAUGGACCCGCAGCUGGAGCGCCAGGUGGAGACCAUUCGCAACCUGGUGGACUCCUAUGUGGCCAUCAUCAACAAGUCCAUCCGUGACCUCAUGCCAAAGACCAUCAUGCACCUCAUGAUCAACAACACGAAGGCCUUCAUCCACCACGAGCUGCUGGCCUACCUGUACUCCUCGGCGGACCAGAGCAGCCUCAUGGAGGAGUCGGCCGACCAGGCCCAGAGGCGGGACGACAUGCUGCGCAUGUACCAUGCGCUCAAGGAGGCCCUCAACAUCAUCGGGGACAUCAGCACCAGCACCGUGUCCACGCCCGUGCCCCCGCCCGUCGAUGACACCUGGAUCCAGAGCUCCAGCAGCCACAGCCCCACUCCACAGCGCCGACCCAUAUCCAGCGUGCAUCCCCCAGGCCGGCCCCCGGCAGUGAGAGGCCCGACCCCGGGCCCCCCCCUGAUUCCCAUGCCGGCAGCCUCCUUUGCCGCACCCCCCAUCCCGUCCAGGCCUGGACCCCAGAGCGUGUUUGCCAACAAUGACCCCUUCUCGGCCCCGCCUCAGAUCCCGUCUCGGCCGGCUCGGAUUCCACCCGGCAUCCCCCCUGGAGUGCCCAGCAGAAGACCCCCUGCUGCGCCCAGCCGGCCCACCAUUAUCCGCCCAGCCGAGCCAUCCCUGCUCGACUAGGCUGCGGCUGCAGGGGGGGGCGUGUUCUCAGGGGGUCCUCGCACACCCGCGGUGCAGGAGCUUCGGUCUGGGCCCCUCCGCUGCCCCUGGCCCCGUCGUCCGCGUGCCAGGACCAGGCUCCCUGCGGGCAGCCCCUGACUCUUCCCUAACCUUGGCCCCCAUCCCCAUCUGCUGCACACAGCACUGACCGAAGGGGCCCUGGAGCCCCCGGGCAGGGAGGGAGGGAGCCGGGGUGGUGCACUUUGGGGGAUGGAGCCUCGGGGUAGCAGAGGAGGGAACGCACUCUGGGCGCCAUCUCGAAUGAGGACUCGGGCUGGGGUGGGGGACUGGCCCAGGGCUUCUCUGGCCAGGAAAGGCCGAGAAUAGAGGCACCCGGAGUGCCUGGAUCCCCCAGGCCUUCCUGGGGCCCAAGGAGCAUGUCCGCUUCUCAGCAGCGGGAGCUCCCGGCAGCAAGCCAGGCCCAGCAGGCCCAGCAGGCCCAGCGCUGCCCGCCCUGCCUGAGUUGUAAAUAUUCCUUCCUCGGCCUCGGCUGCCGGAGGUGCCUUUGCCAGGUCCGGAAGCCUCAGCCCUGCCGGCCUCGCUCUCUCCUCCCUGGGUCCCCCACUCCCCCAGGUCUCCGGGGUGGCUUGGGCUCAGGGCUGAGUGAGUGGGGAGACUUUGAGGGGCUCCUGGCUCCUACCCAGGCCUCCCCCACGGGGUGGGCCCCAGGUGGCCCAUCACUGAGCAGACCUCGCUCGCUCCUCGCUCGGUUUGACCACUGUAAGUGCCUGCACUCUGUAUCCUAUUAAUAAACUAAAAUAAAGGGAAGAAGCUUCUA